AUGUCUUCUUUCUCAUCUUCGCUCUUCGUUUUCUUUAAAGUAACCCGUCUUUCUUUCUUUCUUUCUUUCUUUCUUUCUUUCUUUCCACGUUUAUGCAUUUCUUACUUUUUCAUUCACAUUCUUUCUUUUUUCUUUCUUUCCAAGUUUAUGUAUUUAUUUCUUUUUCAUUCACAUUCUUUCUUUCUUUCUUUUUUUCUUUCUUCACGCGUUUACUACUUUCUGUCUUUCUCGUUCACGUUCUUUGUUUCUUUCCACGUUUCUGCAUUUUUUUCGUUCACAAAUCUUUCUUUCUUUCCACAUAUAUGCAUUUCUUUAUUUCUCGAUGACGUUCUUCUUUUUUCUUCUUUCUUUCUUUCUUUUUUUCUUUUCUUUUCUUUCUUUCUUUCUUUCUUUCUUUCUUUACACGUAUAUGCAUUUCUUUAUUUCUCGAUCGCGUUCUUCUUUUUUCUUCUUUCUUUCUUUCUUUUUUCUUUCUUUACACGUUUAUACAUCUCUUUAUUUCUCGAUGACAUUCUCCUUCUUUCUUUCUUUCUUUCUUUCUUUCUUUCUUUCUUUCUAUAUGUGCUGCAUAUAUUUCUGACACUCUCUCUCUUCCCUGACUCAACUCAUUUCCAUCUUGCCAUUUACCUCCCGUUCGUUCUUGACAUUUCUCUUUUUCUAAAUUUUAUCUUUCUUUCUCUUUCACUUCCAUCACUUUCACGAUUUCUUUUGGGCUUGUUUUCCGAUUUAAUCGUUUAUCCUUCCCCCAAAUAUUGUUCUUUCUUUCUUUCAUUUUUCUUUCUUUCUUUCUUUCUUUCUUUCUUUCUUUCUUUCUUUCUAUCUUUCUUUCUUAAUAACUCCGUGAGUCUUCUUUCUUUCUUUCUUUCUUUUCUUUCUUUUUUCUUUCUUAAUAACUGUGUGUUUUCUUUGUUUCUGUCUGUCUUUCUUUUAUUUCUUUCUUUCUUUUCUUUCUUUUUUCUUUCUUUCUUUCUUUUUUUCUUUAUCUUUCUUUCUUUCUUUCUUUCUUUCUUUCUUUCUAUCUUUCUUUCUUAA